AUGCCGAGGCGCAUGCCACAGAGAAGCAUUCUGCUCGUGCUCCUCUUCGUCUCCGGUGUCUGCACCAAAAAGCUGCUCCAAGGCUCCAACCAUGACAAUGAUGAUGAUGAUGAUGAUGAGGAGGAGGACGGCAAGGAUGGGGCACCCUGGCUGGAGAAUUUCCCGAGCGCACGCUCCUUCCGGAACAACGUAUCGCUAUCCUGGUGCCAUAGGCACAAAGAGUGCACAAAGUGCCUGGAGCCCUGUGAAGAUUCCUGGUCCACGAAAAGGAAGAGCAAUUGCAAAGAAUUCUGUGAGAAAUUGUUUGGCGUGAACCGCUGGGAAUGUGUGGCCAGCUGCGAGUUCCUUCAGACGCUGAUGCAGGUGAAGCAAGGCGGCUGUCCGCCUCCGCACAGGGCCACUGGCUUUGCGGCCGCCUGUGUCGACAGCUGUCAUCGCGAUGCAGAAUGCCCAGCUCAGAAAAAGUGCUGCUCCAACGACUGCGGUCACACAUGCCAAUCUCCGCAAGACCUUUACAAAGGGGUUCCCCUGAAACCGAGAAAGGAGCUGAACUUUGAGGAGGUUGCCCCCGGCCAUCUGGAGGUGAACUGGUCCUCCAGGUUCAAUGUAUCCGCAGAGCCUGUGGUCUACAUCCUGCAGACAAGGUGGAACUUUGGCAUUCAGCCCAGCGAUGAUGCUGCCGUUUCCUGGCAUGUGGUUGCACAGACCACAGAGCAGAGAGCCCGAUUGUACAACAUCCGACCAGGCCGCUGGUACCAGUUCAGAGUUGCAGCUGUCAAUACUCACGGAACCCGAGGUUUCACCACUGCUAGUCGACACAUUCGUUCCAGCAGAGACCCCUCUCGCCCUCCCGCACCAACUGAGCUGAGAGUGACCAACAUAAUGUUUGCAUCGGGCCACUCGGUGCAGGUCCAACUCGAGUGGAGCAUGCCUGAAGACCUCGAUGUCCCCGUUCACCACUACAAGGUUAGCUGGACCUGGACCGCUAUUGGUCGGCCCGCCGCUUCCUCCUUGACCAAGAGGAAGAAGCGAGUAAGUGAGAGGCAGGUGGUGCUCGGCGACAUGCGGUCCGACCGGAUGUAUCGUGUGGAAGUCCAGGCUGUGUCCUACUGGAAACAAUCUCAGCUGAAAGGACCUCGGGCCAUCGUCCACGUCAGCACUCAGCACAAUGCCAGCGCCACACUGAAUUCUUCCACGGCCGAUGUCCUGCAUGUGGGGACACCCUUCUAUCAAAAUGGGCAGCUUCAGGUUCAUAUUUACUGGCAGAGCAGCACAGACCCUUCAGUUGAAUACUACAAGAUCCAGUGGGUACCACAGUAUUGCGAGCACAAACAAAACACUGUGAGAGAGAAGACCAGCACACAGGAGACCUUCACCAACCUGCAGGGUCUGCUCUUCUCCUGUAAAUACAAAGUCCGACUGCAGCCUGUCAGCAGGACCAGUCGGCAGCCAGUCAAGAGUGUCUACUUCGUUACGCCUUCCUGUUCUGCCAUCCGAGCCAAGAGUCCAAGACCCAUUGCCUGUCAUGGAGAAAGCCUGACUCCUCAGAAGGCUUUGAUCAAACCAACCAACCUGACAGUUACCUUCAAGGUCCGUGGCAGUAACCUGACUGCAGUCUUCAACUGGCAUGUGCCCGCCGGACCAUCUCGGCGUCAAUUGACUGGUUACCAGGUGACCCUGGUGGAGGUCAUG